UUCCUUCUCCUGGGAAUCUCAGAGGACCCAGCACUCCAGCCUCUCAUCUUCGGGCUGUUCCUCUCCAUGUACCUGGUCACUGUCAGUGGGAACCUGCUCAUCGUCCGGGCCAUCCUCUCAGACCCACACCUCCACACACCCAUGUACUUCUUCCUGGCCAACCUGUCCUUGGUGGACAUCUGCUUCACCUCCACCACUAUCCCCAAGAUGCUGGUGAACAUCCAGACAGAGAGUCAAGCCAUCAGCUAUGCAGGCUGCCUCACACAGAUAUACUUCUUCAUACUCUUUGGAGUUUUGGACAACUUCCUGCUGACCGUGAUGGCCUAUGACCGCUUUGUGGCCAUCUGUCACCCCCUGCACUACACGGUCAUCAUGAACCCUCGGCUGUGUGUGCGGCUGGUUCUGGUGUCCUGGGUCAUCAGUGUCCUGAAUUCCCUGUUGCAAAGCUUGAUGGUACUGCGGCUGACCUUCUGCGCACACCUAGACAUCCCCCACUUCUUCUGUGAGCUGAACCAGGUGGUGCUGCUUGCCUGUUCGGACACAUUUCCAAAUGACAUGGUCAUGUUCUGUGCGGCCCUCCUGCUGUUCUGUGGUCCCCUGGCUGGGAUCCUGUAUUCCUACUCCAAGAUCGUCUCCUCCAUCCGCGCCAUCUCGUCAACUCAGGGCAAGUAUAAAGCCUUUUCCACCUGUGCCUCUCACCUCUCCGUGGUCUCCUUGUUUUACUGCACCUGCCUGGGUGUGUACUUUAGCUCCUCCGCCACCCACAACUCACACUCCAGUGCCGUGGCCUCGGUCAUGUACAGCGUGGUCACCCCCAUGCUGAACCCCUUCAUCUACAGCCUGAGGAACAAGGACAUGACGGGAGCUCUGAAAAGACUCUUCUGGAAGUCAUGA